GCGGCGAGGCGUCAACGCGGAGCGAGCGGCGGGCGGGCCGGCGGCGCGAGGAGGAGCUCGGGUGUCCGGGGCGGCUGGAAGGGCGGAAGGCGGCGGCGGCGGCAGCAGCGAGCGCUCGGCCCGGGCUGCUGGAGCCAAAGACCGCAGCGGCGGCGGCUGCUGCUGGAAGAGCCCAGGGGACACCGCCCCUGCCCGCGCUCAGCCUCAGACCAUCGCUGCUCCCCAGGGGCCCGUGCGGACCUCCGUGAAGUGUCACGAUGUCUGACCGGAAGGCAGUGAUCAAGAACGCGGACAUGUCUGAGGACAUGCAACAGGAUGCUGUUGACUGCGCCACGCAGGCCAUGGAGAAGUACAACAUAGAGAAGGACAUUGCUGCCUAUAUCAAGAAGGAAUUUGACAAGAAAUACAAUCCUACCUGGCAUUGUAUCGUGGGCCGAAAUUUUGGCAGCUACGUCACACAUGAGACAAAGCACUUCAUCUAUUUUUACUUGGGUCAAGUUGCAAUCCUCCUCUUCAAGUCAGGCUAGGAGGCUGUGGCUGUGGUGUCAGUGGUGGCGGCGGCGAUGGCAGCAGGCGGCGUUGCUGGGACUGUUCUUGCACUGGGGCCAGCAUCAGGAUGUCCUCUCCAAUGGCUGUGCUACUGCAUGGACUGUAUACUCGAUUUCAUGUGUAUGUCGCAGUAAACAAAACCAAACUCCUUUCUGUUUAGUUGCCUGGGGAAGAAGGCUGCUUUAUGUUUAUUUUUCAAGAUUUAAAAAAAAAAAAAUUAUUUUGGUUGUGUUGCACUAGGAAAUCUCUCCCUGCCUCCCUUUUCUUUUCUUAUUUUUUUUUUCUCUCCUUACACAAAAUAAAAGCCCUUAACAAAAGACAAGGAGGACUGAGGAAAAGAACUAGGUCUGGAGGUGGAGCUAAAACUGCAGCCACCUCUCCCUGUAGGCUGCUGCUCGGGAGGGCCUGGGAGGCUGCCGGGGGACAGCGUGAGGCUCAGCAAGGAGAGGAACAGAAGGGAGGGUGGGGGGCGCUCUAGUACCAGGGAGACUAUUCCACUGAACUGUGAUUUUACAGCUUGGGGGCAGAGGGUGGGGAAGGGUGGGGGUUGGAUUCUUUAAGGGGGCCCCAAGAUGUAUUUGUCUGUGGUGUGUGGGAGUAGGGAGCAGACUUGUCAUGCUGUCUUUGUCAGAAUUUAUAAGUAAGGGCUGUGCGUCUUCGUGGAGUGUCUUCAGUUCUUCCUACCAGAGAUGAUGUUAGGAACAUGUUGGGGGUCAGAUUUGCUCGACAUUUUCCCUUUACAUUCUUUUCUUGCCUUCCGUCUGCUCCCUGCUUAGCCCUCAGUUUUCUCAUUCCUCUGGAGUUCUCUUUGAGCAGCCCUUGUUGUUAGUUGGCUGGCAAGGGAAUUUCUGAUCACUAGUUCUUAGUUAGCUGUUAGCAAUCAAACCAAAUCAGUGGUUCCCUUGAUUAUCCUGUGUGUACAUGUGUUUGUGUGUGUGUUUGUGUAUGUGUGCACAUGUGUGCGUGGGUUUGGGGUAGAGGGGCGGGAGGGGGCAGGACAGUAUGGAAUCUCAAAAGGCAUUGGUUAGGAACCUCUGGAGAUGGUUGGGGGUAAAGACGAGUGUCACCCCUUCCCUCAGUCAUGUAGCCCAGACACUUUGCCCAUAUGGCCAACUGAUUCCUGGGAAGGCUUUAGGAGGACCCGCAGAGAGAGGGAGGGCCACACCCCAUCUCCCCUGGAGCUUGUCUCAGUAGGUCGUUACAGCCUCUGGGAGGUGGGGAUGGAAGAUGGAAUUCAAAAACAGAGGAAAAAGAAGGGAAAGUUUGGAAGGUCAUCUUGGAGUGGUGACGCCAGAUACUAGCACAGGGCUGUGUAUGGGAGGAGAUUCCAAGCAACACGCAAGGGAAUUCUUGUCUGCUGGUGACAUAGAAAUGGGGUGGGGUUGGGGAUAGUCAUUGGUGAUUGAGCUGCUGAUUCUCAUGACAUUCAAAACUCAUGUGUAAGGUUGACAUUGGGGGUGGGGUGGGGGAUCCAGCUCAUUUUUACUUUUCCAAGUCCAUUCUUGGGGCUGGAGGGGAAGCAGGAGAAUGCGCCCUCCCCUAACUAGGUUGUGCUGACCUUUCUCUGUGAUGCUGGCAGGGGAGGGUGGACCCUGGGAUGGUGACUAAGUUCUGCUAUCAAACCCUUCAGUGGGCACAAGACUUGAGUGCUUGACUUUAGGUUUUAUUUUUUUAUGAAUGUCCAAAUCUGUGUUUGGAAGUGUCUGGUUUGUGUUCAUCUCCCUCAUUUCUGGAGCAGGGCGAAGACCCUGCCACAUCUCUGCUCCGCAUCCAUGCCUCUUUUGGACAUUAAAGGUCGUUUGAUGCA